GUCCGUGCCCCCAGGCUGGAGCUACGAGCAUGACAUGGAGCUGGGGCGCUUCCUCUACGAUCACAGCGAGAGGGAGCUGCAGCGCCGGGACUGCACCAAGGAGCACCUCAGAAGCGUCGAGGUCUCCUCACAGGCGGAGGACUGUGGUGCAUCCCAUCUGACUGACAACCAGACAUACACCUUCUGGGAGAGCAAUGGGUCCCCGGGGCAGCACUGGGUGCGGCUCAACAUGAAGAAAGGCACCAUUGUCAAGAAGCUGUGGCUGAUGUUGGAUGGACAGUCCAGUUCCUAUAUACCCAGGCGGGUAGCUGUGUAUGGAGGGACACCAAACAGGCUGCAGCACCUGAGAACCGUCCUAAUUAAUGACCUCUCUUCUCCACUUGGUCCCCUCCUGCUGCAGUCUCGGAACAGCUACCAGGAUGUCUGCAUCCUCCGUGACAUGAAGACACCUAUGUCAGUGCUGGAGAUCCGCAUCCUGGAGUGCCGGGACCAAGGUUACAACGUCCGCCUGCGAGGGAUUAAGAUGAAGUCCUUCUGGGAGCGGGACCUGAUCCUCAACGCUGACAUGUUCCAGCCGGCCCGGCUGGUGCGCUACCCUCUCCUGGAAGGGGUGGAUGCUGACGUGCUGUACCGGCGCUUCUCUCUGGUUUCCAGGUUUGUCCACCUCCUGGACAGUGUCCUGCAUUACCUGAUCCCCCUCUCAGAGGACAGUGUCGGCACCUUCAAUGCACUCAGGCUCCAGUCCUCGGAGAGCAGCCCCCCUCACACCCCGCCAAAGCUGCACAUCAACCGGCACCUGGCCCGGGAGCACCGUGCCAACCCCUCGAUGGACCCCAGCUGCAGGAACACUGUCUUCACCCAGCUGUACGAAAGCCUCAAAUCUUCCAAGAACAACCAGCCCCUGGACUACAGGUGGCCCCUGAGCUACAGCCAGUGGUGGGAGUGUGAGUUCAUCACCGAGGGCAUCAUCGACAAUGGCGGCGGUUUUCGGGACAGCCUGUCGGAUGUGUCAGAGGAGCUGUGCCCCAGCUCGGGUGAUGUCCCCGUGCCCCUGCCCUUCUUUGUGCGCACCUCCAACCAGGGUAACAGUAGCAGUGACACCAGGGACAUGUACGUCCCCAACCCCUCCUGCAAGGACUUCCCCAAGUACGAGUGGAUUGGGCAGCUGAUGGGAGCAGCCCUGAGGAGCAAAGAGUUUCUGAUCCUGUCUCUGCCGGCUCUGGUGUGGAAGCAGCUGGCCGGGGAGGAGGUCAGCUGGAGCAAGGACUUUGCUGCCGUGGACUCAGAGCUGGUGAAGCUGCUGGAGAUGCUGGAGGGGGUGGACAGGGAAGCCUUUGAGUUCAUGUUUGGCAGAGAGCUGACCUACUCGACGGUGCUGAGUGACCAGCGCGUGGUGGAGCUGAUCCCCAAUGGCAGCAACACCGUGGUGCGCUACGAGGACCGCAGGGAGUUCAUCCGUCUGGUGCAGAAGGCUCGGCUGGAGGAGAGCAAGGAGCAGAUCGCAGCCAUCCGUGCUGGGCUGCUCCGCGUGGUGCCCCAGCCUGUGCUGGACCUGCUCACCUGGCAGCAGCUGGAGAAGAAGAUCUGUGGGGACCCUGAGAUCACGAUGGCUGAACUGCGGAGGUUCAUCACAUUUGAGGACUUUCCCUCUGAUGACACCCGUGUCCAGAAAUUCUUGGAGGCACUCAACAACUUCACCAGCGAGGAUCUCAGCCGCUUCCUCAAGUUCGUCACUGGCCGGAGCCGACUCCCAGUUCAGAUCACUGUCUACCCAGAAAGGGGAAACUUGGACGCAUUGGACCUGAUGCCACAGGCCUCCACGUGCUCUUGCACCUUCUUCUUGCCCAACUAUUCCUC